AUGGCGGGUAAUUCAAAAAAAGGUAAACCUAAGAAGCAAAAGGAUUGUAUGGGAAGAAGUUUAAUGCAUAAUAAAUUAAAACAAAAAGAAAAAUCAGAUCUUAUAUUAUAUUCUAAAAUUGGAUAUGAAAAUGAAGGAAAUAAAAAUGUAAGUAAACAAAUAUCAGUUUUAAAUAAAAGCUCGAUCGAUGAUUAUUUAGAUAACCAACUAGCCAUUAGUAAUGUCCAAGUUAGUAAAGUAUUUAUACAAAAAAAUGAAAUUAAAGAAAAAAAAAAUCCUAAACCUCAAAGUGAUAAAUAUCGAUGUAAUGCUCAAAAUAUUGUUCUGCCUAUACCUGGUAGACCAAUCUUUUUAAAUAAUGAUGAAAAACUAAAUAUAAAUUUGAAAAAAAAAGUUGAUAUAAAAAAAAGAAAAACAAAAAGAGAUAUUAAACAUAUUACAUUUUUAAUGAAAGGAAAACAUUUAAUGCCACUAAAUGGAAAAACUUCUCAUGUCGAACAUAAACCCAAACCACGUGUAGAUCCAGAGACACCCACCAAUUCCAACCAACCACAACCUGAUCAGCAACCUGCAGAAGAACCAGGUAAUGAUCCUGGUGAGGAGGAAGAGGUGGAUGUGAUAGAUAAUGAUGGUGAGGAGGAAGAGGUGGGCGAGGUAGAUAAUGAUGGUGAGGAGGACGAGGUAGAUAAUGUUGGUGAGGAGGACGAGACAGAGAAAGAUGGGGAAUACAAGCUAAAGUAUAUGAGGGAAUAUGAAAAGCUGCGUAAAAAAUAUGAAAAGGAAGUGGUAAAAAGUGAAUUAAAUAAAAAUAAAAUAGAACGAUAUGAAUUAGAGUAUUUUAUAGAUUGGAGAAGAUUGUUAAGUCAAGUAGAAGAAAUAGAAGGAUAUAUUGUAACACCAUAUGAAAAAAAUAUAGAAUAUUGGAAACAAUUAUGGAGAGUUAUAGAAAAAAGUCAUAUUUUAUUUUAUAUUAUAGAUGCAAGAAAUCCUUUAUUUUUUUAUUCUAAAGGAUUAGAGGUAUAUACAAAAAAAGUUGAUAAAAGAAAAGAAUUUAUUGUAAUUUUAAAUAAAUCCGAUUUUUUAACUUAUGAAGAAAGGAAAGUAUGGGCUAAAUAUUUUGAGGAAAGAAAAAUACAAUUUAUUUUUUUUUCGGCUUUAAGAGAGUUAUAUCAUCAAAAUCAAAUAGUUAUUAAAGAUUUGCCAUUUUUAAAUUGGCAUACAAAUAGUUCAAUUAAUAAUCAGCUCAAUUCAAAUGUAAAUAAUGAAAAAAAAAAUGAAAUGCUUUACGACAAAUCACCAAAGCGCUCAAAUAAAAAUUCGGACACUCCAAGGAGAAGCGAUGAAUCAGGCAAUGAAGUGAGUAACAAAAGAAGUAGUGAAAGAGGUAGAGAAGCAAGUAGUGAAAGAGGUAGAGAAAGAAGCAGUGAAAGAGGUAGAGAAAGAAGUAGUGAAAGAGGUAGAGAAAGAAGCAGUGGAAGAGGCAGAGAAAGAAGUAGUGAAAGAGGCAGAGAAAGAAGUAGUGAAAGAGAUAAAGAAACAAAUAGUGAGGCAGAUAGUGAAGUAAAGCGCGAGGACAACGAAAUGGAAGUAAAACAUGAUGAAAAGGAAAUGGAAGUAAAACAUGAUGAAAAGGAAAUGGAGGGAAAACAUGAUGAAAACGUAAAGGUAGUAAAUACCGGUUAUGGAAAUUUAAGUUAUGAAGAAAAAAAAAACACAAAUACAGAUAUAUUAAGUGUAAAUGAUUUAAUAAAUUUAAUUAAAAAAAUAAAAAAUAAAAUAAAAAAUGUAUAUGAAGAAAUAGAAAAAGAAACAUAUGAUACACCAAAGUUAGUGGUUGGUUUUAUUGGAUUUCCUAAUGUAGGAAAAAGUUCAGUAAUUAAUUCAAUCGUUGGAGAAAAAAAAGUAGGUGUUAGUAGGCAACCAGGAAAAACUAAACAUUUUCAAACAAUAUCAUUAAAUCAUUAUAAUUUUAUAUUAUGUGAUUGUCCUGGUAUUAUAUUUCCUUCAAUUGUUUUUAAUAAACAUGAUUUAAUAAUUAAUGGUGUUUUUUCUAUUGAUCAUUAUAAAGGAGAAUAUACUGAUGUUGUUCAGAUCCUUUGUAAUAUAAUUCCUGACCAGCUAUGUCAAAGAUACAAAAUAAAAAAUUCACUUAUUCGUUCUAUUCAAUUAAAUCAAACUUCAACAUAUAAAUACAUGAAUGCUCGUGAUUUUUUACGUGAGCUUUGUAUUCAUAGAAAAUAUAUAUCUGGUGGUAAAGGUGGAAUACUAAAUUUUAAUUUUGCUACUCGAUUAAUUGUACGAGAUUUUGUAACUGGAAAACUUCUUUACAAUUUUAUGCCAAAUUAUUUGGAAAAAUAUUCUUAUAUUUAUAACAAAGAAAUGCUAUCUCAUGCCAACACUCCGGAUCCCAUACCGGAUAUUGACAGCGGACUUUCCAAGGAAUCGAACCAGUCUGAGGACGUCCUGAUCACUAAGCGGCAAUUUCGGUACAUGAAGAAGCGGGCGAUGAAAGGAAAAAACACGAUAAAAAUAUGA